CUGGACCAACAUUUCAGCACUGACACCAACAUACGCCUUUUGAUCUGGAACAUUAAAAGGAUACAAAGUAUAGGAGGACCGCACUGCUGCAGCUAUGGCAGGUGACUCAGAGGUUCUGGAGUAUUUUCUUUCAUGCCAAAUCUGCUCCUCCACCUUCACUGACCCUGUGUCCCUGGAAUGCAAUCACAGCUUUUGUAAGAUGUGUUUGUGUACGUUCUGGGACCAGGACGACAACAGAAGAUGCCCAGUCUGUGAAAGGUCGGCCUCCAAUGACAUGCCACAGGUCAAUUUGACCUUGAAGGGCCUCGCGGAUGUAUUUGCUGGGAGGAUUCAAGAAAACGGCAAUGCGGAGACGAAGCAGGAAGUGUUGUGCAGUGUGCACACGGUGAAACCGACGUGGUUUUGCAUAAGUGAGGACAAACUGGUUUGUGAGGGGUGUGAGAGUAUCACUGCCCACGCGGGACACAAGCUCAAGCUUCUUCAAGAGAUUGUAGAGGAUUUGAAGCAAACUAUUACUCUGGACCUGAUCCCAUUGAAGAAGCAGGCGCGAGAAAGCAAAGAUGUUGAGGACACGUAUGUGCAUAUGGAAAAGCACUUGACGACCCAGCGUGCACGGGUUGAGAAGAAGAUCAAGGAAGAGUUUGAGCAGCUUCAUCAGUUCCUGAGAGAGGAAGAGGAGGCCAGGCUGACUGCAGUGAGGGAGGAGGCCGAGAGGAAGAUGAUGAUCAUUGAAAGAGAGCUGAAGAUCAUCCGGGGACAGAUCCAUGCUCAGACAAAGGCUAUCUGCCGUGUGGAAGUUGACCUGAAACAAGAUAACGCGUCAUUUUAUCAGGACUACAGUCGUACCAAGGCAAGAGUCCAGUGCAAACUGCAGGACCCAUAUGUGUUCUCUGGGGCUAUGCUAGAUGUCGCCGAACACCUGGGAAACCUCAAGUUCAACGUCGGGAAGAAGAUUGUAGAGACGAUGGAUUACUACCCGGUGAUCCUUGACCCCAACACAGCAGAUGGCUGGCUCAGUGUGUCUGAGGACAUGACGACAGUGACGGAGAUAAGAACCAAACAGGAUGUUCCAGACAACCCAGAGCGCUUCACAAAGUACAUCUACGUACUGGGCUCGGAGGGCUACGACUCAGGCGAACACUGCUGGGAAGUGCAGGUGGGGGACAGAGACCGCUGGAGUCUGGGUGUGGCCAACGAGUCCAUCGAAAGGAAGGAGGAGACGUUCCUGGAGCCAAAGUUUGGAUUCUGGACAAUCUGGAUGGAUGAGUGUAAGUGCACUGUAGGCGGCAUACACAUUGAGCUGGAGAAGAGACCGGAAAGGAUCAGAAUCCAACUGGAUUAUGGGAAAGGACUGCUGUCCUUCUACGACGCCGAUGACAUGACACAUAUUCACACAUACAAACCCACUUUCACAGAGAAGAUCUACCCAUUCUUUAGCACAGAGACAGAUGAAAGUACGACAGGCAUCCAGAUAAGCCCAUUCAAAAUGUCCUUGAUUGCAACCCCAUAGUUGCAAAGCAUGCUGAGGUGUCUAAAGGCACUAAUUACUUUCUAUCAGUAAUACUGUGGUUUGCAGGAUUGUGUGUUUACUGUGUUGCCUGUCUAUCUGUCUAUCUGUCUGUCUGUCUGUCUGUCUGUCUGUCUGUCAGUCCAUAACCUGUACAAUUCCCAGGUCACUCUACCUGAGUUUGGCAACAAAUAUGAAGUUUAACUACUAACCUCAAAAUAAUAAUAUUUGCUGAGCUGGCACAAGGUAAUGGAGUCAGGCUCAUUAAGUACAGUAUUACUGACAAGGCCCUGAGUCUCCUACUCUUCACUGGCCUGUUAGUGCCCCUUACAGGCUGAGUUACACACACACACCCAACGCACUGCACACCAAAGGUAAUAUGGCAUACAGAUACACUAACACUGGUGGGCUAAACUAAGAUACACACUGACCAAAUGGUUACAUUUACACACAGUAACAGUGCCGAGUGCAGAUGCAGAAUUCCGUUAAUCCAGAGUGAUACAGCACUGUGGGGUGAAAAUAUUUACAUUCUGGUCAUUCACAGCACACAGUAGCCUAUACAAUCCUCUUGUACACAACAAUACCUGUAAUUCAUUCACUUACACAGCAUAUAGUUAUAUGAUUUACCCAUGGCGGUAUCUAAGGAAGCACAGGAUAGGUGCCUUUUUUCGGUAUCAGACAUGCAUAUACAGGUUCAGGAUUUAUGCCUUACUUAGCACAGGGGGCCUACCUAAAAUAGACAACAGAAUAGGGGGUCCCAGAAAGCGCUCGUGUGACUCAGAUUUCGCCAUGUAAGGGUAAUUUGAGCCUUCCGAGUCAACAUGGUUACUAACACUUACUAAUGCUAACUAAUCCUAACAGUUACUAAUUAUCGCCUUUACCAUAUUUAACAUGCAUAUUUAUAUCAUUCUUAAUUAUGUUAUGUCACAUUCUGUGAUGUUAAUGACAUACAUUUCUUCAUGAUAAUAUACUUUUUUUUUACUUCUUUGUCUACUGUCCUGACACUUGAUGAUGGAUUGCCAAGUCACAAUAGUAGACCUCUGAAUUGAAUGACAUUGUUA